GGGGACAAGUAAACAAAAGAUCCAGACGCGCGUCCCAUUCGGGCGGGUCUGUUCUGCGUGAAGUGGUAACUGCGAUCGAUGAUCUACCGCGUGUCGUUCAUUCAUCCGCGAACGAAAGGUGGGAACGUCAUUAAGGCAAGCGUUGAUGUAAAAGACCAGUACCUCUGAGUAAUCGGACAUUUAUUCAUCAAUGGUACAUUAAUCAAGGAGCUUAACAUUGAACGAAGUUAGAGAUCCCGAGGAAAAGACUGAGAUGUCUUCGUCAACAAAAGAUGUCGAAGAAAACGCCCCGACAGUGCAAAACGACGAUGCAUCCCCCUCGAAUCGCUUUAUAAUGAAUCUCAACAUUUGGAACAAGAGGAAAUCGAAGCUUCUUAGCAAAUUCCGAAAGGCCUAUAUCUUUUUCGCCGUCUCGAUACUGGCUAUCCUCCUAUUCUUUAUCGUGUUGAUGGUACAGAUAAAACUCCUGAGCCAAGACGUACACGCCUUAAAAGCGCAGAUAAUGUCCGUCAGAUACAAAUACGACUCUCAACAAAAUCGCUCUCGUCUACGUCGAUUAGCGCAUUAUGAUCUCAUUGGGUCAAUCAACCCCCUCAUUCGUGAGUUCUCCGAUUUAAUGGAAAAGGAGAUGGUGAAUUCCGAAUCCGAAUCCAACACGGAUGAUCGCGUUUUCGUCGAUGACCUCACCACGUUAACUUCAAACUUUUAUUCCAAUCAGGAGGCAUCUCGGUCCGUUUUGGAUCGAUCGGUGGAUCAUGAGAAUAACACGUCCAAGACAAAUGAUAGCACUAUUUUAAAUGGUAUCACGACGUCACCGAUGACAUUCGAGAAUGAUUCCAUUGUCGAUCCUGCGAAACAAGGUGUACUCUGCAACACGACCUGUGAGAUGCAAAAUCGCAUGGCUAGAGACGCGGCGAUUGAUGGUGAUAACGAGUUGUCUUUGGCGAGAGAAUCGCGAGGGAGGAGAUUUCGAAGGGACGAAGGAAGAGGUAAAAAACGGCGAAAGAACAGAAGGAGGCCCAACCGCAGUCGCAGGCGAUUGGCUCCACUGGUAGCCACGUUUAUUGGCGCAGUACCAGAACAGUGCAUUACAAAUUCAGCUCUAAUUGGGCCGUGGAUUAAAAAAGGCGAUGAAUACAGCCAGUAUGAUCUCGCAAAGUUUCAUUUGGUGGAGAAGAGAAUGGCAAUCGAAAUUACCACGAACGGUUUAUACUCGAUCUCCGCACAGAUUUUCUAUUUUGGGGAAUUGAAGAAACACUCUUAUUGGAUAUUAUUGAGCUCUGAGGGCUUGUCGAAGCCACAGCAGCUGGUUAAGUGCGCUACUACUACCUCGAACGUAGCGGCGGAGGUGUCCUGUUAUACGAGCAUAAUUAUGCAUAUGAAAAGAGGCGACAGACUAUACAUAGAGCAGCAGGAGCGAGAUAGAUUGAUUAAUCUGCGAGAAGGAUAUAGUUAUAUACAACUUGUGCUACUUGCCAAUGACGCGCAGAAGAAACGUUCGACAUAGAGUUACUCUUAAAAUAGGUGUUAAGUAGGCUUCAUGCCGACUGUGCGAUGACUGCGUUUGUGACAAUUGCAUGUGAAUUAAAGGGGUUGUGAUUAGAUAUGAUUAGAAUCACUGAAGGGUUGAGGAAAACUUACGAGUCUCUACUAGCGAAUAAUAUCUUAAGUUUCUGCAAUGUAUAUUUGUAUGAUACGCAAGGUACGUGUGAUGUUGCCAUAGCAUUAUAUUGUUAUAUAUAAUAUAUAUUAUCUCAACUAUAAUGUACAUUAUAUAAACUAUAAUGUGUAUUAUAUGUAUAAUAUAUCAUAUAUAUAUCAUAUAAUAUAUAUCAUAUAUUGUAUGUUACUUAGCGAACGCCAACGAACAAAGAGAAUUUACUGAUCAUUGAUCAGAGUGUGAUGUAAGUUACUAACAUUCGUGUUUUAAUGUUUUGACAACCGUAGCCGUAAGAAUACAAUAGGACGAAGUAUAAGUUACCUAUUCUAAAAGUAUUUAACAGUACGAAGCGUGUAAUUCGGGUCUGGGGCAGGAAGAGCAGAAAUCAGCAGUCGACGACAAAUCACGGCUUGGUUGCGUCUCAGAUUUCAUUCCGCGGAUUUUUACAUGUUUUUUUUUAAUAUUUAUUAUUUUUAUAUCAAAAUGUUAUAUAAAGAAUGCAACAGAUAAUCGCGAUUUAAUUGGUUCCAGUCAUUUGUUUGCUGAUUUUUCACCACACGACUGAACGCAAUCGUUAUUUAUACACACUCUUAUAUUAAGGAGAUCCCAGGUAAACACGGAUAUCGCUUCAAAACUUGAUUCAACAGUAAUAUUUGUGAUGGUAAUAUUACAAAUAACUAGUGAGAUUUGUGAACAAAUUGCUCAUUUAUUUUAAGACAAGUAGUUUAAGGUAAUUAUAGAAAUGUUCUUACAUUUUUAAAACGUUUUGUAAACUCUUGCAGAAGCAGAUGUUUUUACAAACACUUUUAUAAACGUUGUAAGAGAGAAGCAAAGUUUUAUUAUUUUUAUAUGUAAUAGUUAAUUAAAAUUUUGAAUGCGAAUGUAAUAAGAAUAAAACGAAUCAGAAACGAUUUUGUAAGCAGCAAUUUUAUAAAAAUUUUAUAAGGAAGAUUUAAAAAUAAAAUAUCGACAAGACUUAUAUUGUUAUUUGUGCCAAUAAGCGUGUUUUUUACCGCAUUCUAGAAAUGCUUUGUAAAUUCAUUAAAUUUUACUCUUAGUUUAUUAAAAAAUUUCGAAAUUUGUAAGCUUCACUUUUGUAGAAUUCCGCAAUUUUGUGCAGCAGAGUGAUCAAUCGUUAAAAAAAUACUAAAGUUAAUGAAAAGACUACUCUUGACAAUAGACACUCUUAGUUUAUUCAUCUUUAUGCAUAGAAUAUCCUGUAGAAAGUAUAUACAAAUAAGAAUAUAUUUACAAUGACGAUAUAAAA